AUGUUAGGCAAGAUAUUUAAGCAAAAACUUUAAUUUAUUAAGUCGUCUCUAAAGAUUCAUCAAAAUUCUAGACUUUCUUUGAUACAAAAUAUAUAAUUUUAAUCUCGAAGCCCAUUUUGCAGUUUAGAAUAGCGUCCUUAAAUAUUGAAGAACUCUAUUAAAUUAGGAAAUGACGCUUCGAAGGGGUAGCAAAUACAAAAGAAUUUAUAGGAGGAGUUUAAUUAGAUUGAGUUAAUUUCAAACCCAUAGCACCAAAAUAGGGUAAAGAAGAUUAUUCAAACUUAUGUUGUCAAUACAGAUUUUGUUAACAUAGAACAAUUGGCUGAAUUUAUUGCUUUUGAUGGUUAAAAAUUACUCUAAAAGUUAACAUCAAUGGGCAUAAAUCCUGAAAAAAUUAGUUUAAAGGAGGCAAAUCUGAUAUCUUUAGAAUAUGAUGUAAAGAUAUAGCAUAAGAACGAAAAGGGGAACAUAAAGCAAAGAUCGCCUGUUGUUACCAUUAUGGGUCACGUCGAUCAUGGCAAAACAACAUUGUUAGAUUAUUUAAGAAAUAGUUAAAUUGCUAAAGGUGAAUUUGGAGGUAUAACUCAAAAAAUUGGUGCAUUUCACGUUUUAACUCCUGAAGGGUAAAGAAUAACUUUUAUUGAUACUCCAGGUCACGAGGCUUUUUCAAAUAUGAGAGUGCGUGGAGCUAAUUCAACAGAUAUGAUUAUUUUGGUUGUAUCUGCUAUUGAAGGAAUAUAGCCUUAGACACUAGAAGUUAUUAAGUUAGCUCAUUAGAAUCAAGUUCAUAUCUUAGUUGCAAUAAAUAAAAUUGAUGUUCCAGGAGCACGUCCUGAUUUAGUUGAAAAGUAAUUAAAGGAGUAAGGGAAAUUAGAUUUAGAGCCAUUUGGAGGUAACAUUCCAGUUGUUCAUAUUUCUGCUUUAAAUGGCACAAACAUGGACUUGCUGUUGGAAUUAAUUUUAUUCGAAUCAGAACUCAUGGAAUUGAAAGAAGAUUACGAUUCUUUAGCUGAAGGAGUUGUGAUUGAAAGCAGAAGAGAUGUUGACAAUGAUGAAAAAAGUUGCACAAUUAUUGUCUAAAAAGGCACAUUAAAGGUUGGUGAUCAUAUUAUUAUUGGAAAUAACUAUUGCAAAGUGAGAUCAAUAAAAGAUGAUAAAAAAAAUAUGCUUAAGCAGGCUUUUCCUUCAUAUGCAGUUGAAAUUACUGGAAUUAAAGAAUUGCCUUAAUCUGGAGACGUAGUUUUUGCUUUAGAGUCAGAAAACAAAGCUAAAGUGAUCUCCCAAAGAAGAAUUAAAAAUGAAGAAGAACUCAAUAGCCAAGAAGAACAAUUCAUUUAAGGAUCAGGAUCUAAGUUGAAAUUUGAAAAUGUCAGAGAAAAAAGAAAAUUCUUCUCUGGAAACAGAGAAAUCACAGAAGCUAAAUAUAACGAAGUAGAGGCAAGAAUUUUAGACAAAAUAAAACAAUUGGAAGAAAUAGAUUUUAAGUCAGAAACAGAGAUGAAUGAUAUUUAAUAAAAAAUAUAAAAAUUAAAAUAAGAUUUGUAAUAGAAUAAGUAGUAUAUGGCUAAUUUAGUAGGAGAUGUUAAAGUAGGAAAUAGUAUUAAUUUAAUUAUAAAGGCAAACGAUUUUGGUACAAAAGAAACUUUGGUGUCUUAAAUUAUCAAGGCUAAGUUAGCAUACGAAGAUAUUCAAUUAAAUAUAAUUAGCGCUACUGUUGGUUAGGUUACAGAAGCUGAUAUUAGAGACGCUGAAUUAUUUAAUGCUAAGAUAUUGGGUAUGGAUAUCUAACUCUCUAAGGAUGUAGAGUAAUUAGUUAAAUAAAAGAAAAUUGUAGUUAAAUCUCACAAAAUUAUUUACACCUUAAUUGAUGAUAUUAAAUUGCUGAUGGAACAAGGUCCAGAAGAGGCUGAAGAAGAAGAAAAAGAAGUAGAAAGAGGUCAAGCUGUAAUCCAAUCAGUUAUUGAAAUCAAAGCAUCUAAAUCAUAAACACAAUUCGUUGCUGGAUGCAAAGUUUUAAGCGGUAAAAUAAAUAAGAAACAUUUAUAUAGAAUUGAAAGAGAUGGCGAAAUCAUUGAAAAAGAUUUAGAAAUUGCUAAUCUCAGACACUUUAAGAAAGAAGUAGAAGAAAUCAAAGAAGGCAGCGAAUGCGGAAUAAUCUUCUUUAGAUUUAAUUCUUUCGAAGAAGGAGAUACUGUCGUAGCCUAUGAAAAAGAGUGA